AAUUUAUAGCAGUUAAGUUUGAUGAUUCAUUAGCAACUAGCCGCGACUCCUUCAGAGUCAUGUUGGUGAUCCUGAAAAUGGCACACCCUCUUCCUUAUGCUAUGUCAGGGGUGUCAUCGCUGAGCCAAAAUCAUUGACACAUUUUUUUCAACACCACAAAAGUUCACAUGAAACUUUAAAUAAUAUUUUAUUUAUAAUUUACACAAAAUUAGAUCCAAAUGUGAUAUAAUCUCCAAUGAACGCGCUACUCCAUGUAAAUUUCGGUGUUCUUUCAGACGAUUGAUAUUUGGUGUUGUGUCACCGUGAUUACGUGUUUUUACACUCUCUUUGGAAAAUCCUCUGCCCUCCUUUUUGGUCUGCUCUCGAUUUUCCUCUUCCCGUGGUGGUGGUUGAAGAAAAUCCAAUAUAUACCAAAGUUCACCCCCUUGCACAUAAUUGAGAAUCCUUUAAAAAAAUCUGCGGUAAAACAUGAGCCAAGUGAACGAAAUUCACAAUAAAACCACGGAGAAGACGAAACAGGAGCAGAUUUUUAUCCACCUUAUCGUUGGUUUUCGUGAAAUAUGCAUCGUUACAGCUGCUCUUCCUCUAGUCACCCUUGUGAUGUGCUUCAUUACAGCGUACAUCUUCCAAUCAGAAGAAAUCCAUGAAACCCAUUGUCGUGUUUACAACGUUAUUCCUUCUAUAAGUGCCAUUACUGGGGUAAGUCCACAGCGGUACUUUUGGCGUGCCUGUAUCGCCUUUCACAUAGGACCUCGUGUAGCUAUAGCAGCUGUAUACAGAAACUACUAUGGUAGCCUCGUGAAAAGGAUUCGUGACCCAAAAGUCCAGAAACGCACCAUGUAUCUAGUGACCACCGUAUUUGUGCUGAAUCUCAUUGAAAUUGGAGCCCUAUGCGGGGUAACAUAUGUAUCCAAUCGUGAAAAUUACCCCAUUCAUGAAAAAGUAUUUAUCACCUUUAUGAUUUGCUCCCUGUGCCACAUGUUGGCCACAAUUCGUCUCAACGAAUCCACCGCAAAAAUCUCACCCGCCGCACGUGAGUCCGCCGCAUUUUCGCUAUAUUGCAAGAAGAUCCUGUUCUUCCUCAGCAUCGCCAGCACGAUCGGUCUCGUGCUCUUCUUCCUGAAGCAUCGCUUCCUAUGCCACGACAUGGCAUUCAGUUGGUUUGCUCUCUGUGAGUAUAUUAUUGCUUCCGCCAAUAUGGGGUUCCAUUGCACCACCAUGCUCGAUUUCCCCACCGAGCACUUUAUCGUGGCGAGAGGAGCUGAGACGCUCAAGAAUCAUCAUGAGUACAAAUUUGAAUAAUGAUUUUCCACAUACAAACAAAAAACACCCCGAGAAAGUCCCUCAAAAAGGGCCACCAACUGCCACAAAUUAUGGUUUUUGGUGUGCCGAGCCAACAGAUCUUUUUGGCAUCUCCAAAGUAUUUAGUCAUUUUACUAAUUUGUAGCAAAAUGUAAAAGGAAAAACAAAAAGUAUUUAACAAUUUUUAGUAGCAAUUAAGCGAGUAGAUAUAUUAAAAAAUAAACAAUAAAGUUUAAACCAUAUGCCCUAUAAUUCAGCUUUAUGCUGAAAAAAAAAAGAAGUGGUUUAUCUUGUAGUUUUCAAAUAUAAAACUUACAUUUGUAGAAGAAAAAUAACGAAAUUAUGAUUAAAAAAAGAGGUGAAAUAUAAAAAA